GCGUGGAGAUUGAUCCUGCGGGAGAAAGGGGUUCAUCAUGGCGGAUGAUCUAAAGCGAUUCCUGUACAAAAAGUUGCCAAGCGUUGAAGGGCUCCAUGCGAUCGUUGUAUCAGAUAGAGAUGGGGUGCCUGUUAUUAAAGUGGCUAACGACAGUGCUCCAGAGCAUGCCCUGAGGCCUGGCUUCUUAUCCACUUUUGCCCUCGCAACAGACCAAGGCAGCAAACUCGGACUUUCAAAAAAUAAAAGUAUCAUCUGUUACUAUAAUACCUACCAGGUGGUUCAGUUCAAUCGUUUGCCUCUGGUGGUGAGUUUCAUAGCCAGCAGUAAUGCCAACACAGGACUCAUUGUCAGCCUCGAAAAGGAACUGGCUCCGUUAUUUGAAGAACUGAUAAAAGUUGUGGAAGUGUCUUAAUCUAACAGUGGUUUUUGUGUUCCUUGUCUUCAUUGCAAAAACACUGUACCAGUCCAGCAAUCGUUAGAUCACAGUAAUACUUGUAUCUAUGUAUUCAAAGGGCCGCUUUUCCACCUGACACUAAAGAAGAGCCUACAGCUAUAAUUUAUAGACAGAUCAAAUGUUAUAUUUAUGUGUAUAAAGUCUUUUCUUACUUAGUGAGAUCCGGGAACGCCACAACAAUGGUUUAUUCUAGCGCAGCUCCCAUGGAGUUAGUGUGGAUGCCUGCUAACGAGUGCUCUUCUCUGCAGUGCAUGGGGAUCAGGGAGGAACACUGACACUCUUGAGCCAGCACGCACACCUGCUGUACAGUGCUCCUCUGCACACGCCACACAGACCCUUCUACUGAGAAGAAGAAUGAGGACAUAUUUUUCUUAAGAUUGUAUUUUAUCUCUUUGCAUUGAGUGUGAGGAAGAUGAAUGGCUUAGUAAAAAUAAUAAAGUAAGUACGAUCACUAACUUUCCUCUGUAUAUGA